CUUCAAUACAAAAUGGGCCCUAUUCCCGAAACCAACAAAGGAGACGUUGCAGGAGCCUCGACGCCUGGUUUUAAUAGAGAAGAAGGGGACGCUUCUGCAGAACAGAACAGAAAGGUUGCCAGUGGAGAAAGUCAUCCACAGAUUACCCCGAAUAAAAGUGCCGAAUCCUCAUUCGCAUUAGAGGGACUAGGAUCUAAACCUUCAACGGAAUCUACAGAAAAACCAAAACAAAGUUCAACCACUUCUAAAGAAAAAGAAUCGUUUAAUCCUGAUCUAGACCACACUCAAGAUGAUCAGGAAGUGGAGAAGAGAUCUGAGAAUAUCGUAGCUGGACUGUGCAAAACUGAUAUUUAUCUAGAAGGGCUCUCAAUUAUGCUUAUCGGUUUAGCAUUAUUCAGCUUUCUUCACAAGCCUGUGGUUGCAAUCAUGAAACUCGUUUUUUCUGUAAUCUUGUCCAUCAGUAUAGCAUUUGCUACAAGAAUGAAAAAAGCACGAGCAAUGGCUGCUGCGGAAGCAUUUAUGGGUCUCGCAGCUAUUUCUGAUGUUGCCGACAUACUUAUGGCUAUAGAUGGAAAUUCGUCAUAUGGGAAUUCCUUUUUGAUCGUGUUUACAUCGUUAAUUCGCAUUGCAUAUAUGGUUCAUAUGUUCAUGGUUGUAAGACGAAUGGAAAUGAUAUACAAGGAAAAACAACUCUUGCCCAUUGAUCUCUAG